CCUCCAUUUGUGCCCAAAAAAUUCCUAACCCGAAUUUCAUUUCCAUACACCCGAAACGUAGUCUGAUGAAAAAAAAAUUUCUGUCUCUGGCUCGCUCUCUAUCUCUCGUCGCGCCUGACUCCUAGAGUAUAUGAAGAUGCCAAAGCACGCAGAAGCAAGCUCUGUCUUUGUACUGGUGACUCAUUUUGAGGGCACCUGCUUUGGCUCAUUAUUUGAAGUGAAAUUAGAUGGACAAGGUAAAGAAGGUUCAGCAACUCAUGAAACCCAACCAGUACUUGAAACCGUAUCACGAUUCACUACAAAGGAUUUGGGUCGCGGAAUGUGGAAAUUUUGUACCUUGGGUGCCAAGUUAUAUAUUUUGCCAGAUGGUGGUCCUGAUUUGUUUGACAUGGAAGUGUGUUUCCCCAAAUGCAGUGGACAUAUUUUCGACAUCAAGACUAGGAAAGUGGUGUCAUCAUUGAAACCCCCAGCUCCCAAAUGGUUUGGAACUCAUGUGUCUGCAUAUGGGAAAAUUUACUCUCUUUCAGAUCCAUAUUGCUCAUGUGAUGUACCAGAGCCGUCUUUUGAGCAGUAUGACCCUAGCACUCAGUCUUGGCAGAAGCUGUGCUCUUUUCCAUAUUCUGAGGAAUAUGGUAAUACAGAGAUACAGGGUUAUGCUGUUUGUGGUGAAAUCUUAUUGUUUAGUAUAUGCGGCUGUAAGGAAAACUAUGAUGCACUGUGGGCUUAUGAUGUUAUUAAAAAUAAGUGGUGUCCAGUCCAAGUUGAGAAUCUAGGCUGCUAUUUCCGAAGAAGGGCCGUGGUUGUGGACAAGACUAUCUAUGCCUUAUCCAUAUUGCACAUGGUUGCUGUGGCAUUCUCUAUUACGAGCAACCAAAAUGAGGAAGGGCAUAUUAGCUAUUCAAUAGGCUCAUUGUUACAGUUGGAUUUUCCACAGGAUAUAGACUGGAGAAGUGAUCAGCAUUUGGUUCAUUUGGGUAACCUGGUCUUUUAUCUUGUCCAGAGUGACGAAGUUGAUGUUCGCCAACCUCUUUCGAUCACCAAAUUUAAGAUUGUGGGAGGAAGCAAAAUCAAUAUCAUAAGUUCAAUGCUUUUUGAGGUGGAUCUCGGGGAUUCUGGGCCAUUCCGUGUUCAAUUAUGCGUCACACCAGAGUGGGAGGAUGUCACGCUCAUAGAAGAAGAGAUUGCUACCUCCGUCAACCUGGCAAAACAAGUUUCCGAGCUGCAACAAGUAAUUCCAGUUCCUUACCAAGCUGGAAUCACCCCUCUGCCUGCACAUGAAGCAUGUUCCUCAUCUCAGCCACCUGAGCCUUCAGAAGUGGCAGAACAGUUUCAGCAUGUUUCCAUCCAGCAAGAGGAAGCACCUAGUCAGUCCAUUCAACAAGUGUCAGUCUCUAGCAAGUCUAUGAUGUUCGCUCUUCGCCCUGGUAAGGGUACGACUGGCAAAAGGUUUCUAGUCAAGGCAAACCAUUUCUUUGCUGAAUUAACAGACAAGGAUCUGCACCAAUAUGAUGUUACUAUUACACCAGCUGCAGGAGUCACAUCACGCAGUGUAAACCGUGCUGUGAUGUUUCAGCUAGUGAAACUCUACAGGGACUCCCAUCUUUCAAAGCGGCUUCCUGCUUAUGAUGGGCAGAAGAGCCUGUAUACUACUGGGCCUCUUCCUUUCCAGUCAGAGGAGUUUAAAAUCACUCUUCUGGAUGAUGAUGGUGAGGGACAGGGACUCCCAUCUUUCAAACCGGAGAGGGAGUUCGGAGUUGUGAUCAAAUUCGCUGCACGUGUUGACCUGCACGAUUUAGUUCUCUUUUUGCAAGGGAGGAAAGCUGAUGCACCCGAGAAGGCCCUUCAGGUUCUGAACAUUGUUAUGAGAGAGUUGCCUACUUCUAGGUACUGUCGUGUGGGUCAGUCAUUUUAUGACCCUGGCUUGGGGAGAAAACUGCCACUUGGUAACGGUUUAGAAAGCUGGCAUGGUUUUCACCAGAGUAUUCGUCCAACUCAAAUGGGGCUAUCUUUAAACAUUAAUAUGUCAUCGACAGUUUUUAUUGAGCCAUUGCCAGUUAUAGAGUUUGUAAUCAAGCUACUGGAUUGCAAUAUUCAAGCUAAGCAACUUUCUGAUUCUGAUCGUGUAAAGAUUAAAAAGGCUCUACGUGGAGUGAAGGUUGAAGUUACACACCGCAGAAACAUGCGCAGAAAAUACCGUAUUUCUGGUUUAACGGCCCAGGAAACAAGAGAAUUGACUUUUCCUGUUGAUGAAAAAGGCACAAUGAAAUCUGUUGUUGAAUACUUUCUUGAAACCUACGGUUUUGCCAUUCAAUAUCCAUAUUUGCCUUGUCUUCAAGUUGGAAAUCACAAACGACGACCGGACUAUUUACCCAUGGAGGUCUGUAAAAUUGUUAAGGGACAAAGGUGCUCAAGGAUAUUGAAUGAGAGACAGAAAAUUGCAUUGCUCAAGGUGAGUGCUCCGCGCCCUUUUAAAAAGGAACGUGAUAUUACACAGAUAGUACGUCAUAAUGCCUACAAUCAAGAUCCUUAUGCAAAGGAGUUCGGAAUUAAAAUUAGUCAGAAUAUGGCUCAGGUUGAAGCUCGUAUUCUUCCUGCACCACAGCUUAAAUACCAUAAUGCUGGAAAGCAUAAGAAUUGGGUGCCCAGACUUGGACAGUGGAGCAUGAUGAAUAAGAAAAUGGUAAAUGGAGGAAACGUAAGCAAUUGGAUCUGCAUAAAUUUUUCCCAUAAUGUACAAGAGAGUGUGGCAAAAAGAUUUUGUUUUGAACUUGCUCAGAUGUGUCGCAUUUCUGGCAUGGCGUUCAAUGCAGAACCUAUGCUUCCACCAGUCAGUGCUCGACCAAAUCAGGUGGAGAAGGUCUUAAAAACUCAGUAUCAUGAUGUGAUGACUAAGAUUCCGGGCAAGAAGCUUGACUUACUUGUUGUCAUCUUGCCAAAUAAUAAUGGCUCUCUUUAUGGUAAUUUAAAAAGGAUUUGUGAGACAGAGCUUGGCCUGGUAUCCCAGUGCUGUUUAACUCAACAUGUGUUUAAAAUGGAUAAACAGUAUUUAGCAAACAUUGUCUUGAAGAUAAAUGUGAAGGUUGGGGGACGGAACACAGUACUUGUUGAUGCAAUCUCCAGACGUAUUCCCUUGGUUAGCAACCGUCCUACAAUAAUUUUUGGUGCUGGUAUGACGCAUCCUCAUCCAGGGGAGAAUUCAAGCCCAUCAAUUGCAGCUGUUGUGGCUUCUCAAGACUGGCCUGAAAUUACCAAGUAUGCUGGUUUGGUUUGUGCUCAAGCCCAUCGUCAGGAGCUCAUCCAAGAUUUGUUUAAACAGUGGCAGGAUCCAGUAGAAGGGACAAUGUCUGGUGGAAUGAUAAAGGAACUGCUUAUUUCAUUUUAUGGAGCGACAGGGCAGAAGCCUCAACGCAUCAUUUUCUACAGGAAAAGUGUCAGCGAGGGGCAGUUCUACCAAGUUCUACUGUACGAAUUUGAUGCAAUUCGUAAGGCAUGCGCUUCACUGGAGCCAAAUUAUCAGCCUCCUGUGACUUUUGUUGUUGUUCAAAAGAGUCAUCGUACAAGAUUGUUUGCCAACAACCAUGGUGAUAGCCGUGCAGUUGACCGGAGUGGGAACAUAUUACCUGGUACGGUUGUGGACUCCAAAAUCUGUCACCCAACUGAGUUUGACUUCUACCUCUGUAGCCAUGCAGGAAUUCAGGGUACAAGCCGCCCAGCUCAUUACCAUGUGUUGUGGGAUGAAAAUAAGUUCACAGCAGACGCACUGCAGUCCCUUACCAAUAAUCUUUGCUAUACACAUGCAAGGUGUACACGCUCCGUUUCAAUUGUGCCUCCUGCUUAUUAUGCUCAUCUCGCCGCAAUCCGAGCUCGGUUCUAUCUGGAGCCCGUGACUUCAGACAGUGGUUCAAUGUCAAGUGGUAUGGGUGUUUCUGGUGGAGGACGGAACUCUCGAGCACCGGGUCCAAAAGCUGCUGUGAAGGUGUUGCCUGCGUUGAAGGAGAAUGUGAAAAAGGUCAUGUUCUACUGCUAGGGGAUGUCUUAACUCUCAACUGAUCGAGUAGAAUCUAGGCAGAUGGAAUGCACUGUUGCUGCACCAGUCUGGGUAAUCUAGUUUAGUUAAUAUAGUCCUUACAGUUAGUGACUUAGUUAUUUAGGCAUGGGAUGGUCAAACCUGAACAUUACCACCGAGCUGGCAGUAUGAAAAUGGUAGUGGAAAGAAGCAAGCUGUGUAUUUGUAAUGGUGACUUAUUUUGGGGCACCUACUAUGGUGCUUUAUUUAAAGUAAAAUUGGAUGGACAAGGCAAAGGUGGAGCAAUAUAUUCAUGAAACCCUACCAUUAGUUGAACCUGUAUCAUGAUUGAUUAAGAGUUUAAGAGCCUGGGAAUGUGGAAAUUUUGUUCCUUAGCUACCAAAUU